AUACUCCCAGUCUUUCCGUGAAAGCAUACAGUGUCAUCUGUAUCGCGUGAUCAUCUGGUUCUCGUCCAUCGGUUUGGCUGUGAAUGUUUGGUUGACUCCACCUGUUUUUCUGGCUCGUUUUGAUCCAUUGUUUCUCGAGCCUUCUGGUUUCGCAUUAUUGAUUUUAUCGUCCAUCGACGUAUUCAUGUAGGUCGGCCCGCUCCGUCGUUGAUUUCACAUCAUAUGCGUGUUUGACGGAUCGAAUCGCCGGACGUAACAGACCUGUUUGAUUUCUAAUUUAAUCAGCUUCCUUUCCGUUCGCCCUGAGUCUGGAUUUCUGAAGAUGCACCUUUAUAAUGAUCGAGCGUUUUUAGGCAAUUUAUUGGUUUGAUUUCUUUACUGAUGUAGCUCGAAUCAGGGAUUGGAUUUCAUCUGUGGAUGUGCGAAGUUUUGGAUUUGUGUGUUCAUGACCUCACAUGUGCUCGUCUUUUUUGUUUGAAAUUUGAUGCUAAUUUUGAUCUAUUGCUGUAUCUAUCUACUCUUGCCGUUUUGACUCGGUUCGGAUCACGCACUCGUUAUUAUUAGCUGAAAAUUGCAGGAUCAUUCCUUGUCGAAGGAUAUCAAUAGGUUCGAUAUAUGCUAAUUAAGCUACAUGCCUAAAUUAUGCUAUUUUUUUUUUUUUUUGCAAUUUUGGGCUUGAUGUAAGCUUAGACCCGUUGGUUAAGCACGUAGACUAGAUUCAUCUGUUGAUUUAGCGUUCGCUGCACCUAGAACAUAUGCAGAUAUGUCUAUUUUUUUGUUUUUCUUCGUUACCAAAUAAAAAGAAAACAUUUGCAGUGAUAUAAUGCAUAUUUCAUAUUCAUGUCUUUGCGAAUCAGUCACAGAGGAGGGCCAAAAACUUCAAGUCUUUAAGUUUUGGGCAAGUUAUGUUCAAUUUUAUAAUAUAGAUUAACCACAUAAAAAUUUAUAGUUUCUUUGAGUCGGUAUACCAUAUGAUUGCAACAUUUAACAUCAAACAUUCAUUUCAAGUCAAACGUCAUCAUUUUUAUGUUUUUUGGAUUUUUAACUUUUUUUUGUAUUCCAUAUGAUGUUCAGCUCAACAUUACAUAUUUUCUGCUAGUCAUAUGCUCAUUUUCCGAUUUUUCAAUAUUUAACUUUUCAUCUUUUUCUUUGUAAAUUUUCCAUUUAUAUAUUUAUAUAUUGUAAAAACAUUAUCCCAAAUUCUGUUAACAUUUUAAUAUCUUUAUUUAUAUUUGUAUGACCGAGCCUUUGUUUUGGUUCCAGUUUAUUUAUUACUCGGCACAUAGUAUAUCGUAUGGUUGAUGGCUGCCUCUCUGACGGUUUGGUUUUUAAACUUAUAUAUGGUUGAACAAUACGAGGGGACCCUGUAUCAACUCCAACUUUUAUCUCACUGGGUGACAAACUCACAAUGAUUAGUAGCUGACAGUUCAUCCUAUGUUUACUCUUCCAAAUUUGCACCCAUCUAUCUUGUUUGGGUGUUGAAGAUGAAUCAUGGGUUUCACUAUCUUGACUUGUGAUGUAGAUGAUAUUUGGGAUUUGAUGUUUGGUCUUGAAUGAGAUGAGGGGGUUCAACAUCAAUUACAAAUUUAGGUCUCAGUUGGCGACAAUGAUCACUCAGAUUACUACUUUACACUUUACAGUUCGUCCUUCAGACAUUUAUCAUAUAUUUCAUCAUUUCAUGGCAUCAAUGUUAUGUAGGUGAGUUUAAUUGGAAUUAUAUAUUUUUGUAGUUUUCUUGGCAUCAAGAAGUCUUGCCAUAUAGCAGAACCACCACAAGCUGAUAGCUACUACGGUCUAUUCUAAAUUUACUCCACUUAUUAGCUGUUGUCAACCCUCUUCUUCUUUUAGCCUGUUUGUAUUUUGGAUUUUUACCCAUGGUUGGAGACUUCAACUGGUUUGAUUAGUAUUGUGCUUGGCUCUUUAGUACUUGAUUUCUGGCAAGUUAUGUCGUCCUUGGUAAGAUGCAAACAAGUACCUUCUUGCUGUGGAGAUGCUCAUGUUAGAUUUUGUUCAUAUGCAUAGUAACAUAGAUCUGACUUCCCUAUAGCAUGUGUUUGCAACAAAAUCGGAAAGUUGCUAUCUUAGUUUGCUGAAUAUUCCCUUGCAUUACAGAUUUUUCACCUUCAAGCUUGCAAGAUUUUGGAUUCGUCUGGUUGAAGUGAUACUGGUGUUUUUGUUGCAUCUUAGGAUUGCUGCUUCCAACUUGUAUCUUCAUUGGCCUGAAAAUGUAUUAGGGUUUUAAUCUUUAUUGUGAAGACCUCUUCUUUGAUUGAUGAUGAUUCCCUUUAUGGAUCACAUAUCUUCUUGAAGUUUUUAUUUCAGAUUGAGUAUCUGUUUGCCCUGGCUUGAAAAUGUAUCAGGGACUUGAUCAUACUGGAUUUGUCUUGAACACCUAUCUCCCAGUUUGAUUGACAUAUUCCCUGUGUUUUCGCUCUUCCAAGUAAUACUUGGAUUUACCUACUUUGAUUGCUCAAGGUCUUCAUUCCCAACUUGUCUGUCUGAGGUUUACAAGGUAUCAUGGAGUUGAUCUCACGUUUAAUGAAAAAUUAUUUGACUGUUUGGUUGAUGCCAUCAUUUUGUUCAUUGAUGAGUUCCUGUAUCUUUGGUUACCUUCGGUUUGUGUGUUUGGCAUGGAUUUGUACACAGUUAGAUGAAGUUCAGCAAUGUAAUGCUUACUGUUUGGGAAUUGCAUCCAACUAUGCUGUUUAGUUGCCGAAGAUGAAUCAUGGACAUCUCUCUUGAUUUGAUUUUCAGCUUAAGUUUGUCAAACUUGAUGAUGGGAUCAUACAUCAACUAUAACUUUUGGUCUUCCUAGAUGAUAAUGAUUACUUGAUUAUGAUUUGGCAGUUCAUCCGAUGACACUCUUAUCGUCAAGUUCAAACUAUUAGAUUAACUGAGUUGAAACUAUUAAUUUUUUUGUAGUUUUCUUGACAUUAAUGUUUUUAAUGUCAGAUCAUGCAUGUCAUGGAUCAUUCUAACCACUAGUCAAGACCCCAAGCGGGUGCUAGAACAAUCAUAUCCCGGUUCUUCUAUAUUCACAUUUUAUUGGCUCUCAAAUUCAUCAUUUUAUAUGUACUUACGCCGUUCACUUCUUGCCUUCUUGGAGAUGUGAACUUGACUGGUUAGUUUCUGUGUUUGGCUUUUUAGUACUUAGAUCUUGAAUGUUUUCUCCUCUUUUGAUUAGAUGACAAAAAGUUCCAUCUUGUUCUUAAAGGUUUUCCAUAUUCCGCACUGCUCUCUGUGUUUAGCUUUCUGUAUGCCACAGGAGAAGUAAAUCUUUGCAAUCCACAAUCAUGAAGAAAGGUGCGCCUUUGUACGCUUUGAUUCACAUCGGAAAUCAAGACUGCUUUCACUCCAAACUUGUGAGGAAGCUUUCAAAGGCGUUCGUAGUUGUGUAUCAAUAGUUGUACUUGUUAUUCGACUAAUGAUUUUUGGCAAGAUCAAUAUAUAGUGAUCAGUUAUGAUUGCUCAAUUCAACGUACAUGGUUUGAAGUUAGGCUUUACAGUCUCCUCUCCCAUGUCUCAACUUCAGGGUUGCAAAAUUAUUCACUUCAUGCUAUUUCUAUUAUGAGCUAUGACUUCUCAGUUUGGUAAGAUCACUAGUUCCAUUGAUGAAUCCUUCUUUGUUUUGGGUAUCUGGUUGAUUGAUGAAUCCCUCUUUGGCUUGGUUAUCUUCAAGAUAUCUUUUUCCAAGUUGUGUUUGCUUUGGCUUGAGAAUGUAUCUCAGGUAUUGAUCUCAUCCUGAGAACAUUGACAAAUUGCCCGUGGUGACGUGGUCUGACUAUAUUUGUGAGUUAAGUUCGUUAUUUCCAACUUGUACAUCAGGGCUGGAAGACAUAUUAUGGAGUUGAUCUCAGUUGCAAAUAAAAACUAUUCGAUCUAUCUUUUAAACAUCUUUUGAUUGGGAUAUGGUAUUUGUGGUCCUUGUGGCUUCAUUCUUUUUUAUGGGCAGAUUAGCAUGUUAUGGAACAUUCUAAUCACUAGGCCAAGCUAAAUCUGAGGACCGCCACAUGCGGGUUCUACUACAUUCACUUCUUAUUGCCUCUCAGUCCAUCAUUUAUAUAUACUUAUAUAUGUUAAGUCUGUUUUUGUUUUUUUAGUACUUGAACCUGGGAUGAUAUGUUGUUCUGAUUCGAUGCAAAGAAGUUCCAUCUAGCUGUCCUUUGGCGCUGUUCUUUGUGCUUAGCUUCCUUUCCUUGAGUUAAAAUCCUUUAUCACGUUUCUUAUGCCAUUAGGAUAAGUAAGUCUGUGCAAUCCGCAUUCAAGAGACCGGCUUUGCGCUACUUAUUCUAGACAAAGGUGCGUCGAUUUGCACUUUCAUUCAGACGAAUCCGAACUCAAGUUUUGAUAGUGCAUUUACCAUUAAUUGUACUUGUUAUACUGUGAUCAGUUACUAUUGCUCCAACUAAGGUACAUAGUUUCAAGUUUGGCUUUGCCGUCUCCUCUCCAUGCUGUAAUCUGAGAUGUCUUGCUUGCAUGAUUUUGGUCUCAUCUACUUGAAGUGAUGUUUGGUUUACCCUAUUCCUGUCUUACAGGAAGUGUUGCCAGUUUGUGUGUGCCUUGAACUGAAAAUGUAUCAGGGGUUUGAUCUCAGCUUGGAAGGGGUUUGAUCUCAGUUUGGGAAGAUCACUGGUUCCACUCUCUGUGUUUCCUAUCUCCUUUUGAUUUUUGUUUUAGAUUGAGUGUUCAAGAUAUAUUUUCCCAACUCGUGUUUGCCUUUACUUGAAAAUGUAUCAGGGGUUGAUCUCAGUAUGAGAAGACUACUGGAUUCGUCUUGAAAGUCCUCAUUCUGUUCGAUUGACAAAUUACCCUUGAUCAUAGGUCUGACAAGAAACUACUUGAUUUGUCUUGAACAUCAUCUACCAUUUUGAUUUAUCAUAUUCCCUAUGUUUUCGCUCUUCUCGUGAUACUUGGAUUUAACUAGUUUGGUUGCCAUCACAUUGUUCAUUCAAGAGCUCCCGUAUCCUAGGUUACCUUCCUGUUGGAUGCCAUCACGUGGUUUCAUUGAAGAGCUCCCGUAUCCUAGGUUACCUUCCUGUUGGAUGCCAUCACGUGGUUUCAUUGAAGACCUCCCGUAUCCUAGGUUACCUUCCGUUUGUGUGUUUGGCUUGAAGUUGUACACAUAUUUGAUCUCAAUUUGUGAAGAGUUGCCGGUGAAGAUUUUUCUUUUGGGUUAGAUUAAAAAUUCAGUGAUGUCAUGUUUAUGUUUAGUGUUUACUGUGGGAAUUGCUUCCAUCUAUUCUGUUUAGUUGCUGAAGAUGAAUCGUAAACAUCUUUCUUGACAUUUGAUGUACGUUAGACAGGAUUGGAUUUUCAGCUUCAGUUUGUCGAAAUAGACGAUGGGGUCAUACAACAACUAUAGUUUUUGGUCUUACUAGGUGAUAAUGAUUACUUUAUUACGAUUUGGCAGUUCAUCCUAUGACAUUCAUAUAUCUCCAAGUUCAUUAUCACAACAUCAAUAAUGUUUUAGAUGAACUGAGAUGGAACUAUUUAUUUUUUGUAGCCUUCUUGGUGACAAUGUUUUUAAUGGCAGAAUGCAUGUCAUGGAACAUUCUAACCACUAGUCAAGACCCCAAGUGGGUGCUAGAACCAUCACAUGUGGGUCCGGUAUAUUCACUUUUUAUUGGCUCUCAAGUUCAUCUUUUAUGUUUGAUGCCUCCUUGGAGAUGUGAACCUGACUGGUUAGCUUUUGUGUUUGGCUUUUUAGUACUUAAAUCUUGAAUGUUUUCUCCUCUUUUGAAUAGAUGCCAAAAAGUCCCAUCUUGUUGUAUAAGGUUGCCCAUAUUCUGCACCACAUUUCUGUAUGCCAUUGUAAGUAAAUCUGUGCAAUCCACUAUCAUGAAACCGACUCUGUAUUAAGUAAGAUGUGCCUUUGUUAACUUUUAUAUACACCAGAAAUGAAUGCACAUGACGGCUUCACACUCCAAACUUGAGAGUAAGCUUUCAAAGGCGUUUGUAGUCGUUUACUAUUAGUUGUACUUGUUAUUCCAUUGUGAUCAGUUAUGAUUGCUGAAGUCAGCAUACAUAGUUUGAAGUUGGGCCUUACAGUCUCCUCUCUCAUGUCUCAGCUUCAGGGUUGCAAAAUUAUUCACUUCUUGUUAUUAUGAGACUAUGAGUUAUGACUUCUCAGUUUGGGAGGAUCACUAGUUCAAUUGAUGAAUCCUCUUUUGUCUUGAUGAUUCUCUUUUUGUCAUGGUUAUCUUCAAGAUAUCUUUUCCCAAGUUGUGUUCGCUUUGGCUUGAGAAUGUUUCAGGGAUUGAUCUCAGCCUGAGAAGAUUGACAAAUUGCCUGUAGUCUGGCUAUCUUUGCAAGUUUAGGUCGUUAUUUCCAAUUUUUGUACAUCUGGGUUGGACGACGUAUUAUGGAGUUGAUCUCAGGUGCAAAUAAAAGAUACAUCUUUUUAAACAUCUUUACCUGGUUUUUGUCGAUGGAUUUCAUAUGUUUUGGUUAUCUUCUUGAAAUUUGAGAUCCUUCACCAUGUAUAACGUCAUAUUUCCACUUUACAGCUAGUAUAUAUGUGUCGUUGGCUUGAAGUUGCAUGAUUUAUUUGGUCUAGAUUGCAAAAAGUUACCUUGUUUGGUUCCUCAGAAUGGUACUUUGGUUUCCCUCUGGCUUCUGAUGUAAAUUUGGUUGGAGAUAUGGACUAGUCUUAGUGGGUCAAACGUGAUGAGGGGCUCCUACAUCAAUGCGUUUUUCAUUAUCUGAUAGGGUGAACAAGAUAGUUAGUACAUCACUACAUUCCAUCUCAGUUUAUCUUGAAGUAAAUUAUCGGUGGCAUCUUACAAUAUUUAAGAUGAUUUUUGAUUGGGAUAUGGUUUUUGUAGUCCUUGUGGCUUCAUUCUUUUUUAUGGGCAGAUUAGCAUGUUACGGGACAUUCUAAUCACAUGGGGCAAGCUAAAUCUGAGAACCGCUACAUGCUGGUUCUAUUACAUUCAUUUCUUAUUGCGUCUCAGUUAUUUUUAUAUACUUAUACAUUUUACUUCUUUGAUCCACAAUUCAUACUAAUUUAGACUAAUUUGGGCUAUGCUCAACUCUUUUUUUUUUUGGAUAUUUUUCAUUAUUGGAGACAUGAACUGGAUUAGUUAAUUCUGUGUUUGUAUUUUUAGUACUUGAACCCGGGAAGUUAUGUUGUCUUGAUUAGAUGCAAAGAAGUUUGAUCUUGUUGUAUAAGCUCUCCUUUGGUGCUGCUCUUUGUGCUUAACUCCCUUGCCUGAGUUAACAUCCUUUAACACGUUUCUUAUGCCAUUAGGAUAAAUAAGUCUGUGCAAUCUACAUUCAUGAAACCGGCUCUGCGCUACUUAUUCUGAAGAAAGGUGCAUCAGUAUUCACUUUCACUUUCAAGAAUCCAAACUCAAGAAGUAUUGACAGUGCAUUAAGAUGUCCUGCUUGCAUGAUUUGGUCUCAUCUAGUUGAAGUGAUGUUUGGUUUACCCUAGUCCCAUCUUAUGGUAAAUGUUGCCAUUCCGUAUCUCCCUUGAACUGAAAAUGUACCAGGGGUUUAAUCUCAGCUUGGAAAGGGUUUGAUCUCCGUUUGGGAAGAUAACUGGUUUGACCUUCGGUGUUUGCUAUCUCCUUUAGAUUUUGGUUUUAGAUUGAGUACUCAAGAUAUCUUUUCCCAACUUGUGUUCGUCUUGGCUUGAGAAUGUAUCAGGGGUUGAUCUCAGAGUGGGAGGACUACUGGAUUCAUCUUGAACGUCAUCACCUUGUUUGAUUGACAAAUUGCCCAUGGUCUGGCUAUCUUCCUAAAUUUAGGUUUACCUUGAUUGUUUGCUUGAUGUCUUUGUUUCUAACUUUUGUAUGUUCAGGCUAGAAGACGUAUAAAUGUAUAAUGGAGUUGAUCUUAGCCGCAAAGUGGAUUUGUCUUUUUUAAUGUUGUAUCCUGGUUUAUGGAUGGAACCCAUAUGCUUUGGUUAUCUUCUUAAAAGUGUGGUGCUUAGACCACCGUAAAUCAUCCUAGUGUCCAAUUUGUGUGUAUGUGUUGUUGGCUUGAAGUUGAAUGGUUUAUUUGUUCUCAAUUGUGAAGAGUCCUCAGGAUGGAUCUUCCAUUUUACUCUUCACUUCUGAUGUAAUUUUAUUUGGGAUUUGAUGUUCAGUCUUAAUUGUUCAAAUGAGAUGGAGGGGAUUCUGCAUCAACAUAUCUUUUUGGAUCUGAAUGGGGAACUAUACUGUACAAUGUGUGAUGGCUUAUCUCCAAGUAAACUUUUGUGGAUAGUUCAUCAAUUAUUUCCAAUAAUAUUUUAAAUGACGUGAUUGGGAAAUGUUUUUUUGCUGUCCUUGCGGCAUCAAUCUUUUUUGUUCCACAACAAUGCAUGUUGUGGAACAUCCUAACCACUAGGCCAUGCUAAUUCUGAAAACUAUACAAUCGGGUUCUAUGAUAUUCACUUUUUAUUGCCUCAGUCCAUGUAUAUAUACUCGGCACUUAAAUCUGGAAAGUCAUACAUUUAUGCAAACAAUUCCAUCUUGCUGCAUAAGAUUGCCUAAGCAUGCUCUGUGUGUUUAGCUUCCUUCUCUGAGCUAACCUUCUCUACCAUGUUUCUAUAUGCCACUCGGAGAAGUAUGCACAAUCCACAUUCCAACCCAGCUUUGCAUUACGUGUUCUUAUGCAAGGGAUUACGCUUUAGGAUUAAAUUAUUCUGUCCAACCCCUUGGAACAGUAGCUUAUUCAUCAUGAACAUGUCCUAUCGCAUACAGGAGGGCUGCCCCUCUCUCUGUCCUCCCCAGGGAAACCCCUCAUACCAAUUCCUUGCGUAUGGAGCCAUGUCGGUCAAGCUAAGAAAGGUGCGGCUGAACUUGAUGGCAUGUCUACCAUUACGAGGUACAUAGUUUCAAAUUAGGUCUUAUUGCCUCCUAUCCUAGGCCUCAGCUUCAGGCGUAUGAAAAUGGCCAGGAUAUAUAUAUCUGUCACCGCUAGGCUAUGUUUGUUUUACAUGUUUCUCGGAAAUAUCUAGAUCGUCUCUUGUAACUAUAUGUGUGGUACUUGGUCGUGAUGAAAAUGGGAAGCUGCUAUCUAGGGUUAGAAAUUUGUUCACUUUCAUGCUAUGACCUGAGUCACCUGACACGUCCUGCUUGCAUGAUUUUGGACUCAUGUAGUUGAACUGAUGCUCUAUUUACCCUUUUUUGUCUUAAGAUGUGUCUUGCGCUGGCCUUCUGAAAGUGUAUUAGGGGUUUGAUCUCAGUAUGUGAAGAUAACUGGUUUGAUUGAUGAAUCCCUCUGUCUCGGCUAUCUUCUGUAGAUUUUGGUCUUAGAUUGAGAAUUGGAGUUAUUUAUUUGCAAGGUGUGUGUGUGUGUGUUGGCUCAAAAUGCAUCAGGGAUUGAUCAGUGUGAGAGGAUUACUAGAUUUGUCUUGGACACCAUCAACUGGUUUGAUUGACGACUUGCUUCAUGCUCUGGCUAACUAUGUGACUAUAGGUGUACCUGAAUUGAUUGCUUGAGGUCCUUGUCUCCAACUUGUGUACGUCUGAGCUAUAAAAUGUAUUAUGGAGUUGAUCUCAGUUGCAAAGAAAAAUAAUAGAUUGUCGCAUUAAAUGGUAUAACCUGGUUUUAUUAAUGAAUUCGGUAUGCUUUGGUUGUCUUCAUACUUUUGGUCUCAAUUUGAAAGAGUUCAUGGAUGAUUUCUCUCCUGACAUGUAAAUUAGGUUGAGGAUGCGAUAUUUGGUCUCAGUUGGUUGAAUGUGAUGAUAGGAUCUUACAUCGGCAACAAAUUUUGAUCUGUUUGGGUGAACUAAACAGUACAUCUUAUGGCAGUUUAUAUCUAAGUAAAUUUUUAUGGCACCAAUAAUUUUAUUGAUCAAUUUAAUUGGAAGUAGUUUGGAACAUGACAGUUCUUUAUUCCUUGUGGCAUCGAUCUUUUCUAUGACAGUUUAUGCAUGUCAUCAAAGAACAUAAAUGACUGCAUGUCCAAGACUCCAAGCUCUUCGCGGAACCAUCGCUCUGGGUUCUAUUAUUUUACUGUUGAUUCAUUGCAGGAGUCAUUCUAAGUGCUUUUUUUUAAGGUUGUGUAGUUGGACAGGUUAUUUUGACUUAGGCAUUGAACAAUUUGUAACCAAUGGGAAUGGUGUGGCCGAAUGAGAAACAAGUCCUUUUCCAGUUCAAAAAACAGUUUUGAUUUAUGGUAACUAUAAUUAUGUUCACUGCCAAGUCCAUCUACAGUUCAUUUUUUCUUUGUGCUCCUUGGUUAGGAAUUAAGACUUGGAUUCCCACUUGGAACUAGUUGAUGCAUCUUGCUGUAAGUCAUUGUCCGGACUGCCCACUGUUCCCUCUGUAACUCUCUUUUGUUUCCUUGGCUUGAAGAAGUACCUCUUCAAUUUUCAACCUUGUCUACCUAUCCAUUUUUUAGAGUUAAGCAUUUUGUUCUGCUUUAACAGCUCUUGGUCUAUAAAUUCCAUACCCUUCUCCUUGUUCGUUCUGUUGUGAUUUUUUGGUCUAGAUCCUGGAUAUGGUGCAAUUCACAAGGUUUCGGAAUGCAUUGCUGUUCGUUUAACGGGAAGGAUUUUUGACCCAUUUGCUGAAGAUAAUUGGUUUCAGUCUUUCAGAUGUUUUUUGGUGUCUCACUAAUAGGCAAUGAGAGUUAAAAGGAUAGCCUAACAGAUACGUUGGUUGGAUACUUUUUCGGGGUUUAUUGCUAUAAUUGUAUUGGUAAGUUACCCAGUUAGCGUCGUUUUUGUUUGUCUGGUAACUGUACAUAAGGCUUUUUGUUUUUACUUGUGUAGUUGAGGUCAUGCUCAAGAUGUCAAUUGUCAACUGUUUUAAUUCAUCCUGUGUGAGGUGCUUGUAGCGAAUGAUGAGUUUCUGUAGGUGACGUAGGUGUGACUGACGCAUUGGUGGGCGAACUGCGAACAGUUGUAUAUGGUGCUGGAAUUGGUUGUGCUGAACUGAUCGAUGUCUAGAUGCAAGCGGCUUAUGUUGGAACUGGAGACCACUGUUUGUUGUUUUAUGUGUAUGAUGUGAAGUUCUGUUCCAUGUUGACUUAUGGUAGUUAUGGAGGAAUUAUCCAAUCCAAUGUUUACUAUGGAGAAUUGCUUUUCCUUGAAAGAGAUGGCGUACACCUGAUCUGCUGAGUUGCUUUAUCUGAUGAAAUGUAAAAACUUGAUGAAGGCGGGGUUAUAAAGUUAGUUUGAACACAGAAUGCUUUAGGCAGUUUAGGGUGGUCGAAGAGGCACAGGAACUACUCUACACUCGUAGGAUUGUGAUUAUUCAGGGGCGCUUUGCUUCUUAAAUAUUGAAAAAUGACUCGUAAUUUGAGUUGUUCAUGUACUCAUUGUAAAAUAAUGAUGAUUUAAACCAUAGUGUCAUUGAUCAAGCAUCACCUAUUGGUUAAUUGAUUCGUUUAUGUAUAAUGUAAUUUCCUAACAAUCUAGUAGAAUUUCCCUUUCAAUUAGGGUAAUAAGACUUGCUCAAA